AUUCUGUCCCAAGUUAAUCAACCCUCUUGGUUUUCUUUGUUCACUCUCUCUCCCGCGGCGGCUAUCCACCUACGCUGCAAUCGGAGAUAGAUCCUUCAUAGUCAAGGACACAAGGACAUCUUCAUCAUGACGCAAAUUCUGACCAAAUCAACAGGGGGGGUUCUUCAGAUUCCCGCUGCUGCGACCCAGAAGAGUGCGCCUCCAGCUCCCAGAAAGACCUCAAAGCCAGCGGCACCACGCCUGAAAUUACUUGUGAGGCGUCUGCCACCCGGCUUGACUCAAGAGGAAUUCGAGACGGCGCUGGGUUCGGAGUGGAAACUUGGAGCUGGGAAGGUUGAUUGGUUCCAAUAUAAGCCUGGCAAGAUUUCCAAAGAUCCCGCAAAACCCUCUAGACCGGCUCGAGCAUAUAUCCACAUUGCUUCAAGCGAUUACGCCGUUCCACUUGCCGAUAAAGUCCGGGAUACGUCGUUUUUAGAUUCUCGAAGCACCUCCAAUGAUCCCGUCCUCCUGGGCCCUCCUACUCUGGAAUAUGCUCCCUACGCAAAAAUCCCCGGAAGCCGCGUCCGAAAAGAUGCCCGGCAGGGGACAAUUGAUCAAGACCCCGAAUUUAUUCUCUUCCUGGAAAGUCUCACACAACCAAUCUCGAAACCUGCGCCUGUCGAGUCCGCUGCAGACGGUGAGGAGAAGAAAGAGAUUGUAACGACCACUCCUCUCGUGCAGUAUAUUAAGGAAAAGAAGGCCAAUAAGGCAAAAGAGUCCUCGGGCAAAUCAUCCAAGCACAGGUCCGAUAAAGACGGAAAAUCCGAGAAGUUACAAUCCAAGAAGCUUCUACAACGACCUGACAAGGAAGGAGCACAUUCGGCUAGUGCGGAGAAGGGGGAGAAGAGGUCAAAAACAGACAAAGCUACGAAGGAAGCAGUAAAGGCAGCCAACAAGGCUGCUAGUGCUGCCUCCAAGCAAGUAGCGAAAGCAUCGGGAGCACAAAAUUCCCCCAGGGAAGCAACUCAGCCGGCUCCGGAGCGGAAGAGAGAGCGCGGGAGUGUUGCUGCUGCGGCGAGGAUUUUACAACGCGAUCUGGGUCUUACGCCCUCUAAUAGCCGGCGAAAAGGUGGCAAGGGGACCUCUGGGAACGGGGACGGUAAAGGCGAUCAGAAUACUGCUACGCCAGAAACCAGCAAGAAGGACCCUCCCGCUAAGCCGGCAAAGGGAGGCUCGCAAAACGCGAAAUCAAAACAGAAUAACACUUCUCAGCCCAGUGAACCAUCAUCUGCCCCACGAUCCGAAGCGAGCACGCCAGCCCAAGGAACAUCUACGUCGUCGAAACCUCCGAAGUCUGGUAGAGGUAAACAAGCUUCCACGGCGGCAGGAAUUACCCCAGCCCCUGCAGCUACCCAGGCCUUUCUCAAACAUGCGAAUCCUUCGCAGGGGGUUACGGAGCUACUCCUUGAGGCUGCCUUUGCCCAAUUUGGUAAUGUUUUAAAGGUGGAAAUCGACAAGAAAAAGGGGUUCGGGUACAUUGACUUCGCAGAGCCAGAUGAUCUGCAGAAGGCUAUCGCGGCCAGUCCUGUUUCCGUCGCCCAGAGCCAGGUUGUUGUUCUGGAGAGGAAGCUGAACCCCGGGGCAGAGAAGGGCCGUGGAAAGGGGGGUCGCGGUGAAGCCAAAGCUGCAAAUACGAGCUCCGAGACUCCUAAUAAUCGGGGUGGGAAGUCUGGCGACGGAGGAUCUGGGGGGAACUCGUCUCGUGGAUCGCGCGGUAGCCGGGGAUCGAAGAACAAGAAUUCGAAAGGGAAUGGAGGGGGUACAAAUCCAAACGCGGACAAUAAGAGUGCAGAGAAUAAAUGAUGUAUGAUAAAACGAAUGCAAUAAUGAUACCCCAUAUGCU